CGUCUUGCUUGUCGUCAAGUUGCGAUUGUCGGUACGCCAUCUUCAAAUUUUCUUUUUUUCGUAGACACCGACGUGUAGAAAACGUGUUGUGCGUAGGCUAGUGUCUAUUUUCCCAAUUUCUAAGCAAAAUGGGUUUCGUAAAGGUAGUGAAGAACAAGCAGUACUUCAAGCGUUACCAGGUCAGGUUCCGCAGGCGUCGUGAGGGUAAAACUGAUUACUAUGCCCGUAAGCGUCUUAUCUUCCAGGAUAAGAACAAAUACAAUACCCCGAAGUACCGGCUGAUAGUCCGUCUGAGCAACCGCGACAUCACUUGUCAGAUUGCUUACGCGCGCAUCGAGGGCGAUCGCAUAGUUUGUGCUGCUUACUCCCACGAACUUCCUCGUUAUGGCGUUAAAGUUGGUUUAACCAAUUAUGCAGCUGCAUACUGCACCGGACUGUUGGCCGCUCGUCGUAUUCUACAGAAACUACGACUGGAUACAUUGUACACUGGUUGUACAGAUGUUACUGGUGAAGAGUAUCUCGUUGAUCCAGUCGAUGAAGGACCAGGUGCCUUCCGUUGUUAUUUGGACGUUGGUCUGGCUCGUACAACCACUGGUGCUCGCGUUUUCGGCGCUAUGAAGGGUGCCGUCGAUGGUGGACUAAACAUUCCGCAUUCGAUCAAGCGUUUCCCUGGGUACAGUGCCGAAAACAAAUCCUUCAAUGCUGAGGUUCACCGUGCUCACAUCUUUGGACAGCACGUCGCCGAUUAUAUGCGUACCUUGGAGGAGGAAGACGAGGAUGCCUACAAGCGUCAGUUCAGCAAAUACAUCAACCUUGGAAUAAAGGCUGACGAUAUCGAGAACAUCUACAAGAACGCCCAUGCUGCCAUCCGCAAAGAUCCUUCCUUCACCAAGAAGCCAGAAAAGAAGGUCACCAAGAAACGUCACAACCUGGCCAAGCUUACACUGGAGGCUCGCAAGGCGAAAAUCGCCAAGCACAAGGCCGACUUCCUUGCCAAGAUACAGGCAGAUGUGGAAGCCUAAACCGACACAGUUUGGAUACGGCCAUCCGUUCCUUUCAUUUACGGUUACUCAGCUGGGUCUCAGAGCAUUGCGUUUGCUCGCUUAUUUACUGCAUCUGCUUCCUACUAGAUACUUAGGUUUGCUCAGAAUUUGAAAAUUGUUUAGGAACUAAGCAGUUCAAUUUUUGAAUAAAUGUAAUGUUUUUUAUUCAGCUGGAACGUCAGAAAAUACGCGUUGGUUUUUUACUAAUAUUCGAUUUAAUCGUUAAGGUUACUAUGUUAAACAACUUAAAAUAAGCGAAAAUAUAAUGCAAUUUCUUCAAUUUAAA